UAAAAGAACCACUUGGGACGCAAUAAACCCUCUGGCAGUGACCACCCCCAGUGACAGUGCUUACUAACCGAGGUUACACUUGAGUUGGAGCCGUGCUCUGUUGUGUCAACCUUACCGCUAUUUCAUAUGUGUAAUAGUGGUAGAAGCCUUAUAAAUCAGAAAUCAAUUUGGCAAUUGCCAUUUGCGCUGACAACGUAUUUUGAAAUAGGUUUAUACAAUUUCGUAGCUGAGCAUCGUAGCGGAGUCGUAAGCUGAUUUAACUCUACGACUCGAGCUGGAAAGUUGUCGCGGGCAAUUCGCAUACGACUAAACCUUGCUGUCUAAACCAGCUUAUUAACGCAAUUAUAGAUUAGGUUCUUUUUGAUUGGGCAGCGACUUUCUGGGAGCUGGCGUAAAAAAGAAAGCAGCAUUAGCAGCAUUUCAAUGCCAAAAAAAACUUCAAACUUUUUGAAGGACGAACAAACCCAGCAGGCGAUUUAGCUUGUGGUGGAAUAUUGUAACGCGCUUCAUUUUAUCAUAGCGGUCAUCCUGUGGGAUGUGGAGUGGACUGGGAUCUAAUUACUACAUAGCAACAAGAAAGGUAAACUUGUUCGCCAUCUUGGUUUCGCGUAUAUGAAAAUUUUAAACGAUUUUCUCGUUUCUUUUGUUUUAACUUCCUCAAUCUCAAAGGUUUUUAGUAUGUUUAACUCUACUAGAAGACAUUGAGAUUUAAAUAAUUCGCAAAUUUUAGUUUUGAGGUUCUUGUUUUGGCGGAAUGUACACUGGUUGUUGAUGUGUGAUUUGUUGAAGUUGAACCUGUUGAACGAAGUGGUUUUAUCAGAAUGAGUAAAUCCCGGCAAGAAAAGACAAAAACUCCGGCUCAGUCGGCACCUCCACCUCCUGUAAACAAUGAUAUCGUCCCAGGGAGAUUUACAGAGGCAGAAUGGAACCUUAUGGUGGAAGGCGAGGAGGGGGAAGACUUUGUUUGUGACAUUGUGCAAGAGAUUGUGGAGUCAACCAUGCAAGUUCUUCAUGAUCGCUAUAUUACCAGCCAGACAUUGCCGUACACAGUCCAGGAAGCCAGAGACUUGCUUCUUCAGAUGAUAGAGUGGCAGUUCCUAGCGUGUGAUGGUGGUGAAAACAACCCUGCUAUUGAUGCUACGUGGCUGGAAGAAGACGAGCCUAUCGCACCAAUCACAGACUCCUGGGCACAAGGUUCAGUUCCUGUCUUGCUCAGGUCGUCAAGUGCUGGCUCGUCGUCUGUCAUGUCAGAUGCUAGCACUGACAGCAGCUGUUUGGUGGAGGAAGAGAGACCUGGCGCACCACAGCCACCAUUUGAGAACCUGGAAAUCCCAGAUACCCCGUUGUCCACAAGUAGCCCUGCACAGCCAUCCAAGCAAGUCACACCAAAAACUGCUGGCGAAGAGAUUAAUCCCACACCACUGCCAAAGAAAAAGACCGCACCCCGAAAGCAAAAGCGCCCAUUCAAGCCACACAAAGGGAAACUGCCAGCCUUCUCAGGGGUUGACCUCACAUCUUUGACCGACACCCGAAUUAUGGACCAGCAGGCCACAGUGGACGGAACAGCACCUGCCUUGGAUGGGAAUGGUCUAGCUUUAUUCUCUUCUUCAAACUCUAUUUUAAAGAUCGGAAGCACACCCUACUUCUCCAGUGGAAGCAGCUGGGGUUACCGCAGCAACAAUAGCCAUUACCUUGGCAACACUAGUUCACAGACUGCUUAUAGUUCGCAGACACAGUAUGGAAGACCACCAGGCAACAAGGAUGUUGUGUAUGAUGAAUGGGGAAAUGUGAUCGCUGUGAUGAGAAUCAACCCACAGAAGCUUCCCUCACACAGAGUGCGCACAAAGUUCAAGAUUGUUGACCCAGAGGUGGAGGCCAUGCAGUUGCGCACUAAGAGCAAGUCCUCCAGAGCUGUGCUCUACAACCUCACCAAAGGGAGCUCUAAGCAUGGGGGGUCUAGUGACAGGGACGCUAUUCGGAGUACUCAGAUGGGCCCUAACCAUAUCAGGACCAGUGGUGGAACAAUCUACACUCAGACAGGAGAGAUCACACCUCUACCUCCCCCACUGGUCGACUCUAUGGAUAUCAAUGCAGGAGUGGUUGUACGCGAAGGAGGUGUGGUCAGACGUGGCCCUAUCCAGGCCCCACCCAAAAUCGAUAAGCGCCCGUCCAACACUCGGCUUCAACCGCUGGACUCGACUGCCUUGGCGCGGGCGCGCCCUGAGCCGGUAUCCCGGAUGUCCCCUAUUAUCAGGCCCUUGCACUUGGCGGAUCCAGUCCCUCCAAUAACGUCCCACCACUCGCAAACACAGUCAGCCCAGUGACUACUUCUGCGCCCUACCCAUUCUACUUGUAUAUACUAAACUUAACUUAAAUAUACUGGAUUAUAGUCGUGAAAAGGAGGGGAUUCCAUUCGUACACUUAGUGUGGGCAUCUUUGCCCUUGAUUUAAUUUUGUGUUUAUCGCGCUAAAUUUGUACUGCUUUAAAAUGAAAGUACCACGAUUUAAAACUGUUUUCAGAUAUUAAACAAAAAGUUCAUUCCGUUAAAGUAAUAGCGCACCAAAACAUGGAAGAGUAAAUGUGCGGAAAUUUAGGUUUAUAUAACAUAUAAUUUAGGUUUAUAUAAUAUAUCUUCCUACUCACAAUACAAUUUUAAAGUUUGUCUCCGAUAUAAUGGCAUGUUCCUGUGAUAGCCUGUGACACUCGGCCGUAUUAUAGCAGCCUUGCACAAAACAAGAAAGGUUACUUGCACAACAUUUCCUUUGGCCCAGUAGAAAAUAUAAAUACUUUUUUGACUGUAACGCUCACAACGCGCAGUAUUUAAAUUACAUGAACCGAGUCGAAUUGAUGGUUUCUGGAAAAAAAGAUAGUAUUUCCUUGUACAAUGUUUUCGUGUAAUUAGCCUGUGGGAGAAAUAAGCUUUAUUAAAUGAGAGGUCGAGCGUUUCGUCUCAUAUGCUGUUAUGGAAAUAAGGUUUUACUUUAAAUGGGUGAUAUUUUCUACGUUAUUGGUGCAAUCACAACGCUGAGGAUGCUAGGAAAAAAAGAAAACUUGCUGGGCCUUCGGAUCUCGAUAGGCUCUGUGUGUAAUACUGUGAUCGAGUCCGGUAAAAACCUACACACUUUACCAGUCUUACACUUUUGCAAAUGAUUUUAAAUAGCUCAGUCCACAACUACCUGCUCAUUCUGAGCCAUUUUAAAGUUGUACCUGAGUUUUUGGUGUUAUUUGGUAGUUUUAAACACCGUUUGAAGAUACCUGUAUUUGUAAAGCCAAAAUCAAGGCUUUUAUCCUGGUAAUUGUACAUCAUAGAAUAAAAAGAUAAAAAAACGCUGUGAGAAUA